AUGGAUGCAUCCAGAUCCAGUGUAACAACAAACCCCAUCAUCAGUCGUGCUUCGUCGAAGAUCUCACCGGCGGCUGAAGUAAUCGCCAACAACGUCGACCUCCUCGCACAAAUCCUACUACUUUUGCCGGCGAAAUCCCUAAUCCGAUUCAAGUCCGUGUCCAAACAAUGGGAAUCUCACAUUUCGGACUUCCGAUUCGCCGCCAAACACUCCCGCCGGAACCCUAUCCCCCCGGCCUCGGGUCUGUUCUUGUUCUGCAAGUUUGAUAAGCAUGAGCACACCGAGUCUGUCUCGCUUCAGGGCUACCCAAAUCGACCCACGCUCGAUUUUCUGGACGGCGCUGGAUUUGUUCUAUUGAAAGCACAGAUUGCUCACUCUUGCAACGGAUUGCUGUUGUGUACGUAUCGUUAUCUUGUUCGUUAUCGUAUCUACUCAUCAGAUCAUUACCUCGUUUGCAACCCAACAACAAAGACACAUGCAUUAAUUCCCGACCCCCCUGCGUUUUCAUCUUUGGGUUUUCCCAUUGCGUUACGUGCUUUCUUGGCUUUUGAUCCUUCGAAAUCGCCUCGCUAUAAAGUUGUGUUUAUGAGUCUUGAUCCCGAUUCUGAGAAACUCUAUUCUCAAAUUGAUGUCUAUUGUUCAAAGAGAGCAUCUUGGAAACAGAUUCGUGCGCCCGGUUUGAGGCUUGGACACGUGGCGUUGUGUGGUGAUGUUUUGCAUUGGUUAAGUGAUGAGGACGUUUUAUUGAGAUUUGAUGUUGAUUCAGAAAUGAUGAUAGAAACGGAAAACCCUCUGGAAGUUAUUUCCGUGGACAAGAUCAAGUACUUUGGAGAAUGUGGUGGCCGUUUGAUUCUUAUUCGGGAUCAUCCAUGGUCUCCUGAGAUGUUCAGAAUUUUUGAGAUGGACAAGGAUUAUAGAGGCUGGGUUAUGAAGUUUUGGGUCAAACUUCGACCCUUACUUUCGAAGGAAAGAAACAUCUCUGACUGUUCUGUGCAGUGUGUUGUGAAGGGGGACAAGGAAAAAGAUUUUGAGCUUGUGUUAGCUUUCGCAGGGAAAUCAAUUCUAUCCUAUAAUCUGGAGUGCAAGACAUGGAACGUGCUUUAUGAUGCGGUUCCAGGUGAAUCAAUUUCUUAUAGAAAUUCUUAUGUAGCUGCAUAUCCGUAUAUUGAAAGCCUAUCUCCUCUUUGA